CGCUAGGCAAGAGAGAAAUCAAAACAUUCUUCGCAGAUAAAUCUACACAAGCACGAAGUUUUCCUCCGCCUUUGCUUGUGCUCCCGACGGCAUUGCUGUGCGAACAAAAUGACUUCACCGCUGGAAAAUCUGGAAAACCACCUGGAAAUGUUCAUCGAGAACGUGCGCCAGAUCCGUAUCAUCGUGAGCGAUUUCCAACCGCAGGGCCAGAACGUGCUGAACCAGAAGAUACAGUCGCUCGUCACCGGACUGCAGGAGAUCGACAAGAUGAAGAACCAGAUCGACGUGAACGUACCGCUGGAGGUGUUCGACUACAUCGACCAGGGACGGAACCCGCAGCUCUACACGAAGGACUGCAUCGAUAAGGCGCUUACCAAGAACGAGGAGGUGAAGGGCAAGAUCGAUUCCUACCGCAAGUUCAAGAGCAAUCUGAUGAAGGAGCUCAGCGACACCUUCCCGGUGGAGAUCAGCAAAUACAAGGCAAUCCGGGGAGAUGAAUAGUGGUAGGUAGGUAGGGAGUAGGAGAAGGAGGCGACGGUCCCUCAACGCUGUCGGAUCUGUAUGAUGAAAAUUAUUCUAGAAAGUAGCUGUUUAUAAUUAUAUACGGACGUAACUUGGUAUGUACAACAGAAUAAAGUUUUUUUUUUCUAAAAACUAAA